CAAUUCGAUUCCCUUCCGCUGCUCCGCUUCUUCUUCUUCUUCGUCUCAGGGGGGACGAACCCAUUUGUGUCGGUUACGGCAUAGCCAUAGAAUAGAUCGAAGCAUCCAUUCGCUGGCGCCGGUUAAUUGGUAGUCCUUCCUCCUCUAUCUUAUUCUGAUUCUGUCAUCCGUUCCAAUUCCGGCCGGAUCGCCCACCACGCCAAUUCCGAAUCAUGGGGGAGACCGGCGGCGAAGAGGAUUGUGGUGUGGCGGCAGGGUUGGCGUGUGGAUCGUCGGAGGACGCCGUGGACUCCUCCCCUUCGCAUAUGGCGUUGGGUCUGCCGGCCGAGAUGAUGAGGUCGGCGGCCAAGAAGAAGCCCUCCAAAAAAUCCAGCCUUGACGAAGACGAUUUCCUCAGUCUGUUGCAUGGUUCCGAUCCCGUCAAGAUCGAACUCAAUCGCCUUCACAACAUGGUCAAAGACAAGGAUCGUGCGCUAUUCGAAACUUAUAGUGAGAUCAAAGGCCUAAGACUGAUGGAACGUGCAAAGGACAAGGCUCUCACUGAGGUUUCUGAAGAGCUUCAGAAGAUGGUGGAGAAGUUCCAAGCAUCAGAAGUUGCUCUUGAAAACAAGAAUUUAGAGAUCAAAAGGAUCACAGAAGAGAAGAAAGAAGCAUUAGCAGCACAAUUUGCUGCCGAAGCCACUCUUCGACGAGUUCAUGCUGCUCAGAAGGAUGAAGAGCUACCUACUUUAGAGGAUAUACUUUUCCCACUCGAAGCUGAAAUUAAGCUCCUGAGGCAAGAGAUCUCCAAGCUGCAGGAUGAUAGUAGGGCCUUAGAGAGACUUACAAAAACCAAGGAAGCCGCUCUGUUAGAUGCAGAAAGAGAGGUCCAGAUUGCCAAGAUCAAGGCUGCUCUCGUCGAUGACCUACAGAACAAGAACCAGGAGCUCAUGAAACAGAAUGAAAUAAAUCAGGAAGAGUAUAAGAUAUUGGAUAGAAUGCACCGUCAGAAGGUUGCAGAGGUUGAGAAGCUGGGGCAGACUGUUCGUGAACUGGAAGAGGCUCUUCUUUCUGGGGCUGCAGCUGCAAAUGCUGUGCGUGAUUAUCAGCGCCAAGUUAAUGAGUUGAAGGGGGAGAAAAAAACUCUUGAGAGGACUUUAUCUCGUGCGAUGGUUGCAGAAAAUCGAGCUGCUCUUGUAAUGGCAAAUGAGUGGAAGGAUGCCAAUGACAAAGUUAUACCAGUCAAACAGUGGAUUGAGGAGCGACGUGUCCUUAUGGGAGAGAUGCAACAACUCCGUGACAAGCUGUCCAUAGCAGAACGUGCUGCCAAGGCUGAGGCUCAACUUAAAGAAAGGCUGCAGCUCCGAUUGAAGGUUGUAGAGGAUGGACUAAGAUCAUCACUUCGAUCAGGGAUUCGAUAUGACAUACGAAGCAGUCCAAUCGGUUUGGGUCGAAGCCGUUCAAUUAAUGGGUCUGAGACUUCUUCAGGUUCCCUAUCAGGUGGAACAGGAUCACGAAAACCAUUUGCUCCAAUUGGGAAAUCUUCAACAAUUUCUAGUCCUUCCAGCACACUGCUAAAGCAUGCCAAGGGAGCAUCUAAAUCUUUUGAUGGAGGCAGGGUGAUUGAUGUAGAUGAUUACAGAUCAAAGUCAUCUGAAGACACUUAUGUCCAUGAUUCUUUGGAAAAGGAUAUCGAACAGCUUUCUGCUACUGGUGCAUUGAUGGAGGAGCUCAGCAGUGGCAAGCCAUCACAUGCCAUGGAUGAUGUUAGGGAUGAUUAUGUUUCAGUCUUAUUUUAUGAUAUUCUGCAGAAAGAGGUACUCACUUUAAGGAAAUCAUUGCAUGAGAAGGAUCAAUGUUUGAAGGACAAGGAUAAUUCUACAGAGAUGCUCUCAAGGAAAAUUGAUACGUUGACAAAAGCAAUGGAGGUAGAAACAAAGAAACUGCGUAGAGAAAAGGCUGCACUUGAGAAAGAGGUAGCAACCUUGCAGAUUGACAAACAGCAGGAACAGAAAGCUAGGCGCUUGAAGGGAAUGAUCAACAACCUGCAUAGUUAGAAGGUGUUUCCAUAAAAGUUACAGCACAAGUAGCCUCUGGUAUAGGAUGUAUAUCUCAACAAAACAGAAGUCCUCGUAAGAAAAUCUAGCAUGAAGCUGUUUGCUGUUAUCUCCUAUCCAGCUAUCUUUAUUACAUGAAAAGGAGAUCAGGCCUAGCUGGCAAGCGAGGUAUGGUUUGUUUGAUUAACUAUGUAGAGGUUUGGUUUCAGAAGUUCAGCACAGCUAAGGUUGGUAAAUUGCUUGGAGUAGUAAUAUCAAGAUGAUGAAUAUGAAGGGAUUCUUCUACAUAGAAGGAUUCUCUGGCUAAAUGGCUUUGGGUUUUCAAAGGACGAGCCAAUCUAAUCUCAGGUUCAUUUGCUUGAUAAACUCUGUUCCGUAUCGUCUCUAUUAUUCAAUAUGGAUGCUGGAUUUCAACAUAUAUAAAAAUUAAUCCCUUAUUUAAAUGUACAACCACAGAUUGAGAGAGCUGUUUAUACUGUGAUGAGGGUCCAUUGUUGGUUUUAAUUUUUCACUACUGUUUUUUUCCAGUCAGAAUGAUACAGAAUUACGUGCAGUCAGUGCUUAAAUCUAAUUUUAUCUACUGUUUGAAUGUACUUAUCAAGUUUAUGGAAAGCUGUGUAAUUUACAAGGAUGGCUCAAAAUAAGAUGUUUGUUCUAUUGCCAAACAGGACUUAUGCAUUGCAUCAUCAAAUGUGGAGAUUUCUUGUUUGAACGAAACAGAAUUACAUGCUUAAUCAAAUUUCAUCUGCUGUUUGGUUGUA